AGAGGGAGGGAACAAACCAGCAGACAGUGAGAGGAGGAACUACAUUGGGAAGAGGAGAGCUUACACGACACACUCAGGAAACUAAAGUUAUGUUAGUCAGAGAGGCAGCCACACUGCAGUCGAGACUAGUCUCCGUUUCUGUCUAAAGAAAAUACAAACUGAGUUCAUCAGAUCUUUCUCAACAACACAGCAGAGUCUCUGUCAAACACUGAUAUGGCUUCUGCAAGCUACCUGCCAUCUGAAGAUCAGUUUCUCUGCUCCAUCUGUCUGGAUUUGUUCACUGAUCCAGUCACUAUACCAUGUGGACACAACUUCUGUAAAGACUGCAUCGAAGAACACUGGGAUACAAGUGACAGGUGCCAGUGUCCCAUGUGUAAAGAGGCUUUUAAUACAAGACCAGAUUUGAGGGUCAACACUUUCAUCUCUGAGAUGGUCGCUCAGUUCAGACAGUCGGCUCAACAGAAAGCCAGCAGCAGCAGCAGCAGCUCAGAGCAACAAGUCUUCAAACCAGCAGAAGUUCCCUGUGACGUCUGCACUGAAACCAAACUGAAGGCCCUGAAGUCCUGCCUGGUGUGUCUGACCUCCUACUGUGAGACUCACCUGGAGCCUCAUCUGACAAAGUCAGGUCUGAAAAGACAUCAGCUGAUCGACCCUGUGGAGAACCUGGAAGACAGGAUGUGUCCGAAGCACGAUAAACCUCUGGAGCUGUUCUGUAAGACCGACCAGACAUGUGUCUGCAUGCUCUGCACUGUUUUAGACCACAAGAUGCAUGAUGUGGUUCCUCUCAAAGAAGGAUAUGAAGGGAAGAAGGCAGCGCUGGGAAAGAAAGAGGCUAGAAUUCAGGAAAUGAUCCAGAAGAGACAACUGAAGAUUGAGGAGAUCCAACACUCAGUGGACCUCAGUAAGGAAGAAGCAGACAGAGAGAUAGCAGAAGGAGUUCAGGUCUUCACUGCUCUGAAGGAGUCUGUUGAGAGAAACCUGAAUGAGUUCAUCCAAACAAUAGAAGAGAAGCAGAACAUGAGAAUGAAACGGGCUGAAGACUUCAUCAAAGAGCUGGAACAGGAAAUCUCUCAGCUGAAGAAGAGAAGUGCAAAAGUUGAGCAGCUCUCACGGUCUGAAGACCACCUCCACGUUCUGCAGGGUGUCCAGUCCCUAAACAUCCAACACCCAUCACCCACCAAGGACUGGACAAAGGUCAGCAUCCCUCCAUCAUCAUAUGAAGGAACUGUGGUGAGAGCUGUGGUUCAGCUGGAGGAGACACUCAGUAAAGAGAUGAAGAAGCUGCUUGAAGCUGAUGUGAGGAGGGUCCAGAGGUACGCAGUGGAUGUGACUCUUGAUCCUGAUACAGCAUAUCCCACUCUCAUCCUGUCUGAUGAUGGAAAACAAGUCAGCGAUGGUGGUGUGGAAAAGAAUCUCCCAGAAAACCCAGAGAGAUUUUCUGAAGCUAAUAGUGUUUUAGGAAAGCAGAGUUUCUCUUCAGGCAAAUUCUACUUUGAGGUUCAAGUUAAAGGAAAGACUGAAUGGGAUUUUGGAGUGGCCAGAGAGUCGAUCAACAGGAAGAGAGAGGUCACACUGAACCCUGAGGAGGGUUACUGGGCUAUAUGGUUGACAAAGGGAUUCGAGUACGAAGCUCUUGAUGCUCCUCUAGUUCUUCUCUCUCUGAAGUCUCGGCCUAAGAAGGUGGGGGUGUUUGUGGAUUAUGAGGAGGGUCUGGUCUCCUUUUAUGACGUAGAUGCUGCAGCUCUUAUCUACUCCUUUACUGGCUGCUCCUUCAACGGGAAACUCUUCCCAUACUUCAGUCCUGGUCUUAAAUAUGGCCGUAAAAACUCUGCACCUCUGAUCAUCUCUCCUGUCAGAGUCACCUAAUCACUCAUCUAAUUUCAUGUGUUGAUUUGUUUUCAUUCAAGGGAACGAACAUCGAUAUUUAGAGUCAAAACUGUAUAGUUUCCAUCUUAUUUUCUACAAAAUAAGUUUAAUGUGGUGAUUGAUUUACAUAAUAAUAUUUAAGUGGAUGCAUUAAUCAACUCAACAAUCAAAUAAUUAUCUCUUCAACACUUUAUCGUAACACAUAUGGAGAAUAUCUAUGAACUUUGGGUAAAGCUAUAGAUUUAUUGUAACUUAAAAAAAAGGUUUUUUUCUAAUGACACCAAAUUUGUCAAGCUAUAGUUAGAGUUGAUAAUAACAUUAAAUGUUUUAUAUGUAAUUGUUGUAAAGCUUCGUUAAAGAGAAAGGCUUAUUACGUGCCUCUACUGUGUACUAAAUAAAAUGUGUGUAAUAGUUAUACUGCUAGAAAAAGUAAAAUGAAGCUAAAUAAUAUGAUAAAUCCUCAUUUGUGUUCAAAUGGUUUGGUUAAUAACUGUUAACUUGUAUAUCUACAUGCCAGGUUUUAUAUUGAUUACUGGUAAAAGGGCUUAUGAAUCAAAGACAUCUGUAAAUAUGUGAUUGUGAGUUAAGAAAACAGUCAAAUAAACUAGAUGUUUGGUCUGAGAAAGCAGGGACUCGAGCACUAAACACUGAACAGGAAGGCCUGGUUUACACAUCAUUUGUAUUUCAUGACACAUUUCCUGAGGCUUCACAUUAAAUAAAAUAUAAGUUGAUUUAUUUUUGUGUGAAGAGCUUGUAGGAUGAAAUGUGUGUUUCCACUAUCAGUGAUUGGAUAUUGGCUGUAGAGCAAACUGAUAUCAGUGAGAUAGCAUUCACUUUUAUGAGUGAAGGCAGUCACUAUAACACAAAAACUACUCUUUACAAUGAAGUAACUUCUACAGAGUUUAGUAUUAUACAAGUAUUUAUGCCAACAACUAAUACAAGGAAAAAUUAGGUUUGAUUUAAUGAUAUUUUGUAAGGAUAUAACAGUUAGACCUAUCAUUUGCUUCCUGUAGUUUUGCCAUAUUUUUAUAAAACUAGUUUCCCCCUUUGUGAUAUAAAAAGCUGAAUCAACAUGAUGUCCUACAUUUGUUUGCAUUGUGUCAACACGUAUGUGUGUUUGUUGUGUGUGUGGUAGAAACAACUGGGUGAAAUGUGAUGAGGGUCACAUGACUAACGGGGGUUGGCCAAAAGCCAGUAUACACCUCUUCCCAGGUUCUCAGUUUUAACUCAUCAUGCAUACACGAAACCCUCUUUUUGUUAUACUUUGAAAAAAUGCCUUUUCAAAUGAUUUCCCUCCCAGCACAUUUUUAUAAUCUUUUAACUAAACAAGAACUCAAUGUGAAACGGAUUAAAUAUGUUUUCUUUCAUUCAAGAUAAAAAAUUUGACAAGCACAAUUUUAAAUAAAGAAAUAGAUAUACUAAUUUCAAGGU